UGUGCGAGACCAAGAGACUUGGUGUCUUUAGCCAGGCAGGGGAAGGCAGCUGGGCCCAGAGCCUUUCCAGUCGCACAGGCAGUUUUGAGCGCGCGGUGAAGCUGGCGGAAGGAUACAGUAUUACCGGAUCUCAUUUUGUUAGACGCAAGAAGGCGGGCGCUAUAUAAACGGGGAGCGCGGGACGCGGCCUCUCAUUAUCUGUCUGUCUAGGGCUGUGUGAGGUUGUGUGCGUGGGCGCAGCUCGGACCCACCCACCCGGCCAGCCACGCCGCCGCCGCCAUGGCUCCGUAAGGGCGGCAGGGCCAGCAGCGGCAUCGGCCAGUGCAGCGGGCGCAGCAACAGCAGCGGCGUCCUCGGCCCAUCCCCGGCGUCUGCAACCAUGGCGUUUUUCAAAGCACCUCACAGCAGCAUUGCUGUAAUUGACAAAGACACCUACUCAUCUACACUCUUUGACAAAAAAGCAUUAAAACUUGACCAAGAUGAACCUCUUGAACAACGAGAUGCUGUUGGGGGGUUUCCUAUCCCCCUUCAACCAGUGGUCUUUGGUGGCUGAGGAAAGCCUAGGACUUCUAGAUGACUACCUGGAGGUGGCCAAGCCCCUCUGUUCGCAUGGGUUCUCCAGCGACAAGGCUAAGGCAGUCUCCUCCAACUGGCUGGCUGUGGAUAGUUUGGGCAAAAACACAGAUAACAGCCAGGAGGAUGCCUUCUCAGGCAUGGAUUGGAUGGUGGAGAAGAUGGAUCUGAAGGAAUUUGACUUUGAUGCCCUGUUAGGAAUGGAUGACUUGGAAGCCACCGUCUCUCCAGACGAGCUCAUGGCCACGUUGGAAGACUCGUGUGAUCUAUUAGACCCUCCUACCCAGGAAAUUGACACCAAGGAACCUCCACUGAUAACUGACCCAAUUAUCCAUCACCCUGAAUCUCCAAUUGGAGUAGAUCAGGUGGCCUCACUCACCCUCCUUCUGUCUCUUCCCCUCUCCCCAGGGUCCCUGACUUCCACUCCAGACCAUUCUUUUAGUUUAGAUCUAGGCAGUGAAGUUGAUGUACUGGAAGGAGACAGAAAGCCAGAAGCCACCACAUUUGUGGUGGUGGUCCCCAAGUUGGAGAAAGAGGAGGAAGCCCACUCAGAUGAUAGUGGAAUAUGCAUGAGCCCAGAGUCUUAUCUGGGGACCCCCCAACACAGUCCAACCACCUCUGUAGAAUCUCUCACUGACAGCCAGUUUGCCACAGACCCCAUUUGUGAAUCUGUGCGGCCCAAACCAUAUGAUCAUCCUGCCGAGAAGAUCGUGUCAGCAAAGGUAAAGGGAGAAAAAAGAGCUGAUAAGAAACUGAAGAAGAUGGAGCAGAAUAAGACAGCUGCCACACGUUAUCGGCAGAAGAAGCGGGCAGAACAGGAGGCACUGUCUGGGGAGUGCCGAGAGCUAGAGCAGAAGAAUGAGGCACUGAAGGAGAAGGCAGAUUCCCUGAGCAAAGAAAUCCAGUAUUUGAAAGAUUUGAUUGAAGAGGUCCGCAAGGCCAAGGGCAAAAGAGCUAAAGUCCCUGAAUAGGGUAGUCAGAGUAGAAGUUUUAUGUGCAUGUACAUAAGAGCUUGAUGCUAAAAGUUGUGUAUUACUGCCUAAUAAAUUAUUUAAUAGUA